CCAUCCCACCUCCUCUCCCCCACCAGCAGAGGCCGAGGACAUCAAGGUCUGUCCCCGCUGCGGUGCCUUCAUCAUGAAGAUCAACGAUGGGAGCUGCAACCGCAUGAACUGCACAGUCUGUGGCUGCCUCUUCUGCUGGCUCUGCCUGCGGGAGAUCUCCGACGUGCACUUCCUGAGCCCCUCCGGCUGCACCUUCUGGGGGAAGCGGCCCUGGUCUCGGACCCGGAAGAUCCUGUGGCAGCUGGGCAUGGUGCUGGGGGCGCCCAUGGUGAUCUCCCUCGUGGCAGGCAUUGCUGUCCCUGUCAUCACCAUCGGGAUCCCCAUCUACAUGGGUAGGAAGGUGCUUGGCCAGAGCAGCAGCCUGUCGGGGUGCCAGCAGUGCCUAUCUGUCACCAGCAGUGUCCUCCUGUCUCUCUUCGUGUCCCCCAUUAUCAUGGCCGUCACAGUUGGGCUCUGUGCUAACAGGCUGCCACCUGCGGCGGGCUCCUGCACCGUGGCUGGCAGCGGCUCCCCUGUGCAGCUCGGCCCUCAGGUCACUCUUUGGAAUGGUUACAAAUGA